AUGAAUCUCUCUUUCGCCCACAACGGCCGGCUGCGGUACGAUGAAGCCCACGGCGUACUCAUCUGCGUAAAAUGCCGAUACGCGGUGCAGAAGAGCGCCGUCGAGAGCCACCUCCUCCGGCAUAAGGUCUACCGCGGCGAGCGGCGGACGCUCCUCGCGGCCAUCACGCGCCUGCACCUCGCGGAACCCGACGAGGUGAGGGUGCCGAGCGGCCACGGCGGCCUCCUCCCGGCCCCGGUCGAGGGGCUCGCCAUCAUCCCGGGCUAUCGCUGCGCGGCCGACGGAUGCGAGGCGCUCUGCGCGAGCGACAAGCGCAUGCGCCGCCACUGGAGCGAGGUUCACGGCACGACGGACCGCCCGCCCGCCGCCAUGGCCACCGAGGCGCACCUGCAGACCUUCUUCCGCGGCACCAAGCUCAAGUACUUUCAGGUCCUCCGGGUGGACGAUCCGGCUCCAUUGCCGUUGCCAUCCUCGGGCAUUUCUACCCCUAGCUCGCAUACUCCGUCAUCGGCCGCCACCGCGGAAGCCGGACCACAAGAUGCCGCCUCAGACGCGGUGGUUUCGGAGCGGCCUGCCGCUGCUGCUGCUGCGCCGCCACCGCUGCUUGUCGAGAUGGAAACGCUGCAAUACUUUCACCACUUUGCCAGCGCCACCAGCCUGACGCUUCCCACCAGCCUCGACAAAGGCACAGCCUACUGGCAGACUGACACCGUCGCCCGCGCCUUGCAGGCUCGUUGGCUGAUGUGCAUGGUCCUUGCCGUGGCAGCCACACACAAGUGCGCCGAGGAGCGUGAUCCGGAGGCGCGACGGAUGCACCACGACAGGGCCGCGCAGUUCCAGGCCGAGCUCUCGAGCACCUGGUUGGCGCAGACAAGCGUCGUCCAGGGUCCGACAUUGGAUCGGUGCGCGCAACUCCGCUGCGUCCUGGGUCUUUGCCAGAUCACAGGUCUGUCGAGUGCCCCAGGAAGCGAAGUCGAGCGGCUGGAAUGGUCGCUCCUCACCAGCGCCAUCCGCGGCUGUCGGGACCCCUCUAUAGCCCUUCUCAUGACCCUGUGCCCGUCACCGGCGCCGACCCCAAUCCCGGUCCCGGCCGAGUCGCGGGUGCUGGCGGCCGGCGUGCCCAACAAGGCGCCGCCGACGCUGCUCAAGAGCCUGCGGGAGCUGCCGUUCCGCAUGGUCGUGGCGUUGAGCAAGCCGGACAGUCACGAGGACCUCGUCGCCGUCGUCUCCGCCAUCGAGAUCCUCACUGACUGCUACGUGGUCAGCCACGCGGCCGACGACGACGACGGCGCGGCGGCCUGGCUCGGCCUGGAGUGUUGGCUGCGCGAGCUGCCGCCGCACUUCAACGCCAUGAUCGAGCGACAGGCCCCCGCGGCGCUUAUAGUGCUGGCGCACUGGUGCCAGCUGGUAAGGCGCGCCGAGACGUACUUUUGGUUCCUUCGGGGGCUGGGGGACAAGGUGGUGCGCGGCAUCCUGAAUCAGGUCCCCGACGACGCGUCGAUCCGUGAGCUGAUCGAGGCCUGUCGUGGUUCUCUAGAAGAAUAG